AUGAACAGUCAAGGCAGCUCCUCCAACUCAUUUCCUGAGAUCUUUAUGGCUGACCAUGGGAACCACGGGAUCCAUGGGAAUGAUGUCAACAAUCUUGGGUUUGUUCAGAGUAAUGUUAAUCCAAUGGAGUCUGCUGUUCGUGAUAGCCCUACAGUUAUAAACUGGAUGGGCCCAUAUAGUUCCAGCAUGAUUAACCAUAACCAAGUUAAUCCUCAGGAGUUAUUUGGUGGGCACAGAUGGCUUUCUUCCAUUGGUGCUGCUGGUGGAAGUGGUCAAGGAUUUCAAGUGAGCCGUUCUGGGACAAAUGUUGCUACUUUUGAGGAGGGUAGCACAUCCUUCUUCCAAUCAGGAUAUGGGGCAGGUUUAAGCUUGUCUCUAUUUAAUCCUGAUGGACUAGAAGCUCAUCAAAAUCAACAGUCCGGCACUUCUUCUGUACCAGUCGUGAUAUCUUCUGGAGUUGCAGGAUAUGUGCUGGAGGAAAACAACAGCAGGGAGGAUCUUUCAUCGGAUGGUAGGCGGGUAUCCUGCAAAAGAAGAGCACCUGAAGAUGUUCCUGGGCUACUGUAUUUGGGUGAAAGCUCAAGAUAUGCUCAGGAAUCUGGAAAUCUUGAAUGGCGUGCUCUUUCUGCUCAGGAAAAUGCCAAUGCCAACUUGAACCUAUCAAGUCCUUCAAGUAUUCCUCCAAAUGCUGGUCAUCCUGAACGGUUGGAGGAUGGAAUUGGCAUUUCUAUGACGGGAGCACUUUCUGGCAUGCUCCAAACUUCAAGUGGGGCAGGACAAGAAGAAGGAUCCCAGAGGAAUAUUCGGGUAAGGAGAUCUGCAGAUCCACAAGAUUUUGUACCACCUAGUAUAUGCUCGAGUGGGACCAGCAGAGAUUCUUAUCCACAGCCAGACAGUCUACCAGCCGUGUUUUCUCCAUUUGAUAGCUUUCCAAACCCAAGCUCAGCAGCACCAUUACCAGUUGAUGGAACUAAUCCGGUGCAUUCUUUUGCACAUGUUCCCAACUCUUUGCAAAAUCUUCAGUCUUCACCCUGGUAUGAUUUGACUAUUCCACCUGUGUAUGCUGUCAAUGGUGGCAGCACUUUUCAGCAACAAGGUAAUUCAAUGAGCAUACCAAGGAACACCCUGCUGGCUCCUGAAACUGAAAGGGGUUAUGUGGCAGAGUAUCCAACAGCCUAUCACCUGUUCAAUGGGCAUUCCAACUCUCCAGGAAACAUUGCUUCUAGCUCACAAAAUGGCACUCUUUCAGGUGUUCAUUUCCCAUAUGCUCGUACUCGAGUUCCUGAACACAACAUGACUGAACAGUACAGGCAGAGGUUUUCAGAUAGUGUCAACCGUUUUAUGGUUGAAUCUACUGGUUUUGAGUGUAGAGAGCUGGGUAUUUACUGCCCACUACAUUCAAGGACUUCUGCAGCAGCUCGAGAAAUGGAUCUUUCAGUUAGAAGUGAUGUAAUACCUGUUCAGAUCCAUCAGGCAUAUGGAUGGACGACAGGAACUGAGAGACAAGCUGGUGGUUAUUCUGAAAACCCCUUUGCAUUAGAGUUCGUUGGUGCUGCUCAAAGGACAAGGAGAUUGGUAUCUGAGGUCCGAAAUGUCAUGGCACUUCUCCGUAUGGGUGGUAGCUUAUGGUUUGAGGAUGUUAUGGUUAUUGAUCAGUCAAUUUUGUAUGGUGUACCUGAGGAGGAGGAUGACAUGAAUGAAGACAUGCGCCUUGAUGUCGAUAACAUGUCUUAUGAGGAAUUACUUGAUCUGGAAGAGCACAUUGGGAGUGUGUCCACUGGAUUGAGUGAAGAAGCUAUUGUGGCAAAUUUGAGGCGGCAGACAUAUGACUCACUCACGUUAGGAUCUCCAGCGGUGAAUGAAUCAUGCUGCAUUUGUCAGGAGGAAUAUGUUAAUGGAGAUGACCUCGGGAAUCUGGAUUGUGGGCAUGGCUUUCACUUCGACUGUAUAAAACAGUGGCUAGUGCAGAAGAACUCCUGUCCCAUUUGCAAGAUGAGGGCCCUGGCUGUUAGGGACGGAGUUUUUUGCAGUUUCUCAAUAAGCAGCUUCAUGGAUGAACCUCCGCCAUGGAAAAUUAGGAAAUUUUGACUUUAGAAAAUGGAAACAUUUAAUGUUAAGGAUGCUUUGUUGGUUAUUAUGUUAUCUCUGCUGGAAUGAAAGCCAGUUUUAAAGUUUUGAUCUUGCUAAGCUUGCUUUUUGGCAAAAUUAUUUAC